CGUGCUGCCUUGCACUCGCCGCAGUGUUGCUCUACGCGCCAUAAGGCAUCACUGGGUACCGCGCACGAGACGUCCACAGCAACUCAGCCGAGCCUUACGCCUUCGACGCGACUCCAAGCCUCGAUAGCGAGCAUACUGCAAUCAAGUGCAGUGAGAGCCUCUCCGCGUCGUGCGCGUACGAGCCGAGCAAAGCCGCGCAAAAGAAUCACAAAGCAUCAUGGUCGUCUCCUCGGCCUACCAGGCGGCAGCGCUGAUGUCCGUCAUCUCCUUCGCGGGCGCGCUCGUCUUCGUCGGCUGCGGACGAUUGGCAAGCAAGUUUGGCAUUGACGACGCCAAGGCCGUGAGUUUCUUCGACGCGACGUGCUUGACGCUCGCGGCGACGGCCAUGAUCGGCGACGCGUGUUUGCACCUCAUACCCGAGACGUUCGAGGGCACGGACGAGGAGACGGCCGAUAGAUAUGGUGUACUAUUAGUUACGGGCGUCGUAGCCGUGUUAGCCUUCGAGAAGAUUUGUGAUGCAUGUAACACUGGUACGAUCGAGCCGUUCGGGGUGGCCAACCUAUUAGUAGAAGGUUUACAUAACUUCGCGGACGGCAUGGCGUUACAAGUGGCCUGGAACCUGAAUAGAGAGGCCGGCGUCGCGACGACGAUCGCCGUGGCGGUCCACGAACUCCCGCAAGAGUUGGGCGACUUCGCCGUGCUGAGAAGAGCGGGCUUCGCGACCGGGCCUUUGUUAGCAGCCAACUUUGUGGCAUCGUUAACGUGCUUCGGCGGCGUGGCGCUGGCGGCGUCGCCGUGGGUCGCCUCCCGUGAAGCCGAGAUGGUUGCGUUCACGGCCGGUUCAUUUCUCGCGCUCGCGCUGCACUCGCUCGCGCCGCGGGCUUUGGCGACGCUGGACGAGGCGGCGACGUCUCAAGGGCGUGCUGUCAGGGCGGCUUGGUUAUUGGCGCUCGUGCUCGGCGUCGUGCGCUUCCUGCAGUUCGUCGGCGAGCUCGAGCACGCCGUACCGGCGGCCGAGGAGUCUUCUUCGGGCUUCGGGUCGUUCUUUUCGCGGGGGAAGGAGCUCUAGUGGGAAGGUGGGG